AUGGCUCAUGGUCUGAGCCCCAGUUCUUCAUUUGACCAAGUGUUUGCCUUGUGCAAAAGGGUGUUCUUUUGGUGGAAGGGCAUUGUGAAGACGCAUCUUGGGUUGAAAGCGUUUCAGCCAUUCAAUGGAGUUUUAGCUGUUGGCUCAUCCUUGUCUUUCCUAUUAGCCCUGGCUUGUGCCUACUCGUUUCUCUCUCCUAGGGUUCAGCAGCAGGCUGAUGUGGCUGCUAGCUACGGGCCUCCCGUACCCAAUUCAUCAGUAGUUACAGACUGCAAUCUGUUUGAAGGAAGCUGGAUCCAGGAUCAGGGUUACAUCCCUUUGUAUAAUUCCUCCCUCUGCCCUUUUGCAGAGCGAGGGUUUAAUUGCUUGGCAAAUGGUAGGAAGGAUCAGGGUUAUUUGAGAUGGAGGUGGAAGCCUAAGGGUUGUACCAUCCCCAGCUUCAAUGCUCGCAGAGUGCUGGAGAAAUUGAGAGGCAAGAGGAUUGUAUUCGUGGGGGAUUCGCUGAGCAGAACACAGUGGGAGUCUUUGGUAUGCAUGCUCAUGACUGGUGUGGAUGAUAAAAGGAAUGUUUAUGAAGUCAAUGGGAACAAGAUUACUAAAAGAAUUAGAUUUCUGGGUGUAAGGUUCAGCUCAUACAAUCUGAGAGUUGAUUUCUAUCGAUCUGUUUUCUUGGUCCAGACUGGUUCUGUGCCUAAAAGGGCACCAAAGAGGGUUAAGUCGACUCUGAAGCUUGAUAAGAUGGAUGAUAUCAGCAAUGAGUGGAUUGAUUCAGAUGUUCUGAUCUUUAACUCAGGCCACUGGUGGACUCCUAGUAAGCUUUUCGAAAUGGGCUGUUAUUUUCAAGUAGGUGGAUCUUUGAAGCUUGGACUGCCUAUAAACACCGGAUUCAAAAUGGCAUUGGAGACUUGGGCAUCCUGGGCUGCUAGUAAUCUCAACACCAAAAGAACAACCGUAUUCUUCCGGACUUUCGAAUCUUCACAUUGGAGUGGCAAGAACUUCGCUUCCUGCAAGGUGACUCGGAACCCUUUGACGAAAACAAAAGGGAAGGAGAGGAACGCAUUGUCGAACAUCAUAUUGAAGGUCGUGAAGAAAUUGGCACCGGUUCCUGUAACCGUACUGCACGUAACACCAAUGUGUGCAUCUCGUAGUGAUGCUCAUGUGGGCACUUGGAGCGAUAACCCUUCUGUACCCGAUUGCAGCCACUGGUGCCUACCUGGAGUGCCUGAUACCUGGAAUGAAAUUCUCUCGUCCUACAUUUUGAACGACAAUCACUGA